UAAACAAUUUUCAUAUUCAUGCAGCUUCAUUUAACCAAAUUCAGAAGACCACCUCCAUAAAAAUGGAGCAAUAUCGUCGUAGCACUAAUAUAAUAUUGAAGCGGAGGCAGGUAGAAAUACCACUCGCGUAACAAUACUGGAUUUAGUGUGGACUGACUACCAGAACAGAGAGCUUAUCAUCAUCAUCAUCAUACCGUAAUAUUUGACCAUUUCAUUAUCCUGGAAUUGAGCUUCUUGUUCCAGUGCCCACCAGUGCAGUGUAUCUAGUGGACUCGUUUCCUUAUCUAGACUUUAGCCCAGAAUUCUUCGAUAAUGCCAAUAAUAUUCUCUCGAUAAUAAGCAUAUUUUGGGAAUCCAUACAUUAGUCGCCUGCCGCUGUGCCUGGAGAAGAACGGAUCAUAAAAGUGCUUCUGGAACAGUGUGGAUUAGCCGGUGUGCAAUUGGACUGUGUCGGUCAAGCCUGGUGCCGAUAUUUGUAUUAAAUUGGUGUAAAUAUUGUAAAAUCUUCUAAAAACCGGUGAUUUUGCGUAAUUUCGAUCCUUAACGAGACUCUUUUGUGUGUCCACGUUAAUAAUUGAAGACUUGAUCUAUUUACUUGGACGGGUUGGUGGUUUGGUGCUAAAGGAUUUAUGAACGUGGAGAAAUUUAUGAAUUGAGCAGUGUUGGGAAAAGAAAAGCCGAAACUCGGGUUCCAGUUUUUGAUUGUUUGACGCAGGGUCUGAACUAAUGGAUCGAUAAAAUCUCCCGGAUUCCAUUCGGUCCAUCCAUGCAGAAUUUCGCUCCCAGUCUUAUUAUCGUCGCCCUCUUCCUUGUAUUCUAGCUGCCCGAGUGUUCGAUUGCAUAGGUUCCUGCUGGCUGUCAGAUAUAUCAAGACAUACGUUUGCUCUCUCCGCUCCUGGAAUUUUCUCAAAUUCGGGCGAAAAUGAAAGACACACAAAUUAGUGGUUCAUCAAAAUGUGGUAACAAUAGUGAAAAACUUAUUCAAUUUUUGCUGCCUUUUUUGUGAAACUAUUGUGUUCCAAGUGGAAGCCUUUCUUAAACUAUUAAAUCAGUGCAAAACUCAAGGUGAAAUCAUGGCGGAGGGAAGUUUGGCGAAAAAGAGUCACAUCCUCAAAGGCCCCUCGCUCCUGGGAAGGCGCACAUCCUCCGGUCCAGUGAGGUCAAACCCACUCGCCUUGCGGACCUGCGGCAGCGUGGGGAGUCUCAACGUGUUUGAGAGAAGCCAAAGUGGAACUAUUAAGGUGAAAAGUGGUGGCGUUGGACCAGCAGAGUCUUCCUCGAUGGCAAACUUGGCAAUUUUAACGCAAGAAGCUGCACCCACGACCGCCGUCACCUCUGACAAUCUCGGAGCCACGGUUUACAUUUCUGGAGUGCAGUCCGGGAUUUUAAAGUUUUUUGGGAAAACCACGUUCAAGUCGGGACUCUGGUGUGGCAUCGAGUUGCCGCAACCUCAAGGAAAUCACGACGGCAUGGUUGACGGGGUCCGGUACUUUCAGACGAGGAAAAAUUGUGGAAUAUUUGCCCCCGUGGGCAAGGUCAGUUUGAAAGGGGACGGAGAUCUUGAAACAGCCGAGGGGGACAAUCAACGGUGGAGUUUGGCAGGAACUAAAAGAAAUCAGGAAGCCGACGACCACCACGUAGUCCUUAAGGGCUCGAAACGCCCCAAACCUGCCAGUGAGCAGGGUACUGGAGGUGACUCGUGUCCUUCGACAGUCAUUGCGAAAAAGGUCGUCUCACAAGCUACGGAGCGAAAGAAGAGGAGAAAGCUUGAAGAUAGUCCGUCUUCACCUUCUCCCAGUCAUCUCGUAAAAAGUUGGAGUGGUGCAAGUGAGCAUCACGACGCCGUCCUUGCCUACAAGACAGGUCGAAGUAGCAGCACUUCUUCGUACGACCAGGCCGUGAAAGUUCCCAAUUUUGCGGAGAUUGAGAUCAAUGAGCUCAACCUGAGGGAAGAGAUGGAGCGGUGCGGAGUAGCCGGUUCCAUGACGCCCGACCAUUGUUCGACCCCAAGCACGAGGAGAGGUGACAAUAAUUUGGAGGAGGCGCAACUAAGGAUGACGACGCCAAGGGGAAGGUCAGCAUCGUACGAGAUUAAAGUGGCUCCUCUGAUCCCCAUUCAUCAGAGAAUGAUUCGACCCUCCAUGAUACAUACGCUGCCUGGAUGCCCCAGCAAAGUCAUUGUAACCCCGGAGAGGUCGGCGGAAACGGGAAGAACGUUCAUUGUCCACUCGGACCAGUCAAACAAGGCGAGUCGGCCAACUAGUCUGGACAUUAGGUUGGAGAGAGGAGACGAAGAUGAAGAGCCACCUUCUGAAGAAAACUCGUCCGAUACUGGAGGUCUCUUUGGACAGAAGACGCCCGAUCUCUGGGACGGGGAUGGGAUGUCCCUCACCGGCCUCUCAAGUCCAGAAGAGGCUGGAAUUCAGGAAGAAUCCAGCCUUGGUCUGCAAACACCUUCCCAACUUUUUGAAUCCUGGGGAGAGUUGAAGGACGAAGAGUUAGAGUUAUACCAACAUUUGAGAUCUCCGUCGAUUGAUAAUCUCGAGAAUCUCGAUUUUGAGGAGGACGAGGAGGACACUCACAACGCUGAUGAGGAAGAUGGUGAUGCAAACAUAACGCUAAAAAUUAACACGAGCAACACAGACGACGUAGUCAACGACAAUUUCCACCAGACGCAGCAGCAACAGUCUAAUGAACAAGUCUCCCCCAACCGGGACAGCCCUUCGCCCCCUCAAACUACAAACUCAUCGUCCGACAUGAUGAAUCACCAUCCCCCCGGUUCCUCCGACCCUGAUCGUUGCGACUCCUCCGUAAUUUCCGUCUCUGGAUACGAGGCGCAAACAGAUUCCGACUUUGCCACUGAGUCUGAGGCCGAUCAUGAAGAAUUGCUCCUUUCCCACCCCACUCACACAGCCCCGAAUAAAAACCGCAACGCGAGAGUGAUUGACGGCGCCUUGUACACGACGACGUCCUCCGCCUCCACAACUUCUAGUCAACCAUCCUCCUCCCCUCGAAUUACGACCUCAGUCACAUCAGAGGAACCAGAGUCUUCUUCGAGUGGAUUUUACUCUUCGAGUGAAUCGGGCUCCUUAACCCGAGGUGGGUCACGACAUCCUUCUAAAAGUGCGUCCAACUCGGACUGCGAUUCAUCCUCGGGCUCCGUAGCUUCGAAUAAUGACGUCGACCAUGAAGAGGAAGCCACCCUGCUCAACUCCACCACGACGGAAGAUGCCUCCUCCACCAUCACUACGGAACGAAAUAGUCCGGAAGAAGGGGACGCCCUGGAUUCCACCCUGAUUGCCAAAAUUGUGACACCUUUGUCGAAAAACGAGAUUCCUCUGACGACCAGGAAGCCAUGUUUGGACGACAGCACGCUCGCCAUGGGAGGAGCCGGUCACCACGAACUCCUCUUUGGAGAAUUUUCCAUGCUGCGAAGUCAAAGCGUCUCGUGCCUCACGACGUCAACCAACGCACCACCAAGCUUUCUCCAGCCUGUUGUGAAAACUAGUUACAACAAAUCCUCUGGUAUUGGUAGUACCCGAACGGAGAAAGUUACUUCUUCCACGACGACCACCACCACCACGGCUGCCAUCAACUCCUCUACGGCAGCCACCACCGCCACUAAAAAUAUGCGUGUAAAGGGAAAACCUUCCUCAGUCUUGGCUGACACGGUGGCCAGUUCGAGUCGUCGUAUUGCUUCGAGUAAGGACGCCUUAUUUUCUGGAAUUGGACGUCUCGGCGGCAGUACGAGAAGUUUGGCAUCGUCAACCUCCAAUCUAAGCGGGGGUGCUGGAGUGGCCAGCCGGAGCCCAGGGUCAGCAUCGUCGACUUCAGGGAGGAGCAAACUGAUCAACAAAUGGGACCACGUCAUGGCCAAAAUCAAUGAAGGGAAAGGGAAGCAAAUUAACGUGAAGGAAGUGAAAGCCAAAGUUUUUGACCGAAUGGCACCCACACCAAGUGCACUGGCGAGUGUGAAAAACAGCAUGGGCAAAGGUUCCACGAGCAGCUUGGGAGGCAGCAGAAGUAAGCGGACUGGACUCCGAAGUGAGAUCAAGGACUCGGAAAAUGAGCCUGUUGUCUCCUCAAGUACGACGACUACGACCAGUAAGAAGGGUGGACCCACAAAUGAUACAGCUAACAAUAAUAAGGGGACAAUAAGUACGACCAACAAGCGUGGCGGGAUUCAGAGGACCGACUCCACCUCGAGCGAUGGGUCAGAUCUUCACGGGGAGAGAAAGCAGUUCGUUUCUGUGAAACAAGUCAAGUCAAGACCCAAAAAAGACGGACCAAGACGACAAAUUAGUGACGUUUCCACUGCAUCGGAAUGUUCCUCGUCGCAACCACACCCUCCCAAAAGUCGGGGAGGAUCGAUUCCUUGUCCUCCAGCAGGAAACCCUAAUUCCGCACCUUCUCAACAAGACCAAGAUUCUCAAAGUCGUUCCACAGCUCCAAAAUCUUCUUCCGUGAAUAACAAUCGUACCACUGCGAAAAAUAAGACAAUCACACGAACGGGGACAGCGACCCAGCAUGGUGCUCCCUACACUAAUGCACCCCAGGUUAACAGUCUGAACCGAAUUUCACCUACCAGCACAACCGCAACGAAUGUCGCGAUGGGGACGAGGUCUAAAAGUAGGAAAUCAUUCGCAAUUAGUGCGAAACCUUUGGAUGACAACAACGCCACCGUCAGCAGCAAAGGAACAACAGGGGCCGCCUCCAUCACGACGACGACGACGACAACAAAUAGUACAAAACAGCCCGUUGGGGUUCCUUCUGGACCACUGAACAAUAACGCUCGAAAUGCGAAAGCCACUCUAAGUCAUGAAUCCUCCCUGGUGAAACCCUUGCGAGAUCACAACAGAAUCCCCACCUCCGGCUCUCACCCCGCACCCAUCUCCAAGUCGAAAGAGGGAGUCACCACCCGGUCCCGUUCACGCCGAGAUGAGAAGGAUCACCAUCUUGACUCAGCCACACCCACCUUGCGAGAACAGCUGGCUCGCCUUAAACAGGAGGUGGAUCGACUGCAGGGGGAACAUGUCGUGAAAGAUGGCCAGCUCCAAGAACUGACCGCCCUGACCAACCAGACUGAGGAGGAGAGGGUCCGACUAGUCACGGAGUUGGCGGCAUGCUCCAGGAAAGUCGAAGCUAUGGCGAUUGUGGUGCAAAAUACGGUGGAUAAGAGUGACAUUGCGACCAGCCACACUCACACUGCUAACCAAAGGAUCUGUCAACUAGAAUCGCUGCUAAAAAAUGCGGAAAAUGAACUUAAACAAGUCCCCAUCCUAAAAGAAAAGUUGGACAUGAACGAAGGGAUGCACUUAAAGGAAAUCGUCAAACAUAAGCGAGCACACAAAAAGGAUGUUGAGAAACUAAAAUCGGAAUUUUUACAACAAAUUGACGAGUCUCGGUCAUCGUACGAAGAAAAGUUGGUGGAACAGGAGAAAGCGCAUUGCCAGGAACUGGACAGAUUAAAGGAAGCUCAUCGCUUAGAAAUGGAAAGCUAUCGCGAAAGACACAUCAACAUGAGCCCUCACGACGUUCUAAUUAAGGACGUUGCCUCCAUGUCUGCCGUGAUAGAGAUGAACAAUCUGAAGAUGAAGGAUAUGCAGACGCGAAUCCAAGUGCUAACCAUGAAGGAGGAAGAACUCAUAAAAUGUGAAAAUUUAGUCAGAACGCUCUCGGCCCGAGUGGAAGAUGUUGAAGCUCAAUUGAAUCUAAACAAAGACGAAAAGUUGUCCCUGUUGGCGAAACUAACAGAGGCCGAACUCGCCCUUGUUGAUGCGGCCGGAAAGAACAAGUCUCUUGCGCAAAGUGUGGACGAACUCUCAUUUAAACUGAAUAACCCUGACAUUGUUCCAGCGUCUCCUAGUGCGUCAAACUUCAAGGAACCUGCAUGAAUUGAUAACUUAUCCGAUAAUACUAGUAAUAAUAAUAGUAAAGUGGCAGCAGAUGCAGAAUGAGGAGGAAUAUAAAGCACAGAAUUACUAGGAAAAAAGAUUAUUUAUUUUUAUCUCUGCACUAGCACUACCACAGAUCCCUGCUACGCCCACCCAUAUCUUACCCGAAUAUUGAUUAUUAUACAGGUGCCCGCAUUAUACUUGAUACAGAAAAUCUAGUUAAUAAUUACUUAGCAAGAAAUGAUAAAUUAAUUGAUUAAUCGUAAGAAAUGCAUUAUUUUGACGCUGCGUUGUUUGCCGCCAUUACGAAUUAAAUUAAUAAUUACAUGAUAAACUGAGCAAACAAAACUUGAUACUAUUCUGUGACGGAUAAUUUCAUUUUCUCAAGAAAAUAAAGAAAUACAGAAAAGAAAAUA